AUGAAGCUUCAUCUAAGGUAUCGUCCAAUUCAAGAGGUUGGCUUCCUACAAGUACUUUGCAGUCGAAAAUAUUACAGGGCCAUGUGGUUGUGUUCUUUAACAGUCUUAAUUAUGAUGAUUACUUAUCACCUAAAUGGGGAAGAACUAGGUAUACGUGAGUUCGAUAGAAAGAAUUUCGUCGGAGGCAAGUUCAAACAUGCGAUAUCGCUGCUUCUAAAGAAUUCUUCGUCCACGAAUACAAAGCUGAUCUUAAAUGCAAGUCUCAGUAUAAAACAAAAAUCGACUGUGAUACAAAAUUCUACAAAAGAUGGAUCAGCUCAUACAAAUGAUUGUCAACGUUGGUGUCACAAAAAAAACACAGCCAGUUCGACGUAUUUUCUCAGUGGAGUCUUGCUUGUACGAAUUUACUCCAGCGACUUGGCAAAACUCAGCACAAGAGAACUACUCCAAUGGCUUUAUUAUCUUAAGUACGCUGGUUUUGAACAUGUUUACGUGUACGAUGCUUAUGUUUAUGAGAAUGAAUCACAAAAGAACGCUCUCGAAUUCCUCGUAAAGGAAGAUUUCGUCACUUAUGUGGACUGGAGUCACAACGCGUUUCCCUACUCAAUAACUGGGACUCAGGAAAGUGCCUAUAAACAUUGCUUAAAAACUUGGGGCAAUAAAUCGUAUUGGCAGGCAAGCAUCGAUAUGGAUGAGUACCCUUUCUGUCCAGAGGACACUAAACCCAAUUUUAUGCAACGUUUCAUAGCUAAUUUUUCCAGAGAACAACCUCGUGUUUCUCAGAUAACGAUGAAAAAUUUCCUGUUUCUUGGUAAACCUCUGAGCGAUAAGGAACACCCGAUCCUUAUCGACCGCCUCAAGCGGAGAACACACAGACCGGCCAACGAUUUGGUUAAACCCAUCUACAAGACUUCGCAUAUAAAGCAAUCUCAUGUCCAUCACCACGACUUGUCACAUGGCUUUUCAGUGGACGCUGAUGAAAAUAAGAUAAGACUUAACCAUUACUGGGGUGCCAGGCUUCAAAAUUGGGGAGAAGACACGCCAGAAAUUUUAUCAAAAACAAUGGAAGAUAACACAGUGGAGGAAAUUGUAAGAGAACUCCAAAAGUGUGAUCAUGUUUGCCUGCCGGACGAAUCCAUAAUUCAUACAGUUCGCUGGAAUUGA